GGUCACGCCCAUCUAAUAACGCUCUGAUCGAUCAUCUAGCUAGCUAGCUAGCUUAGCCAGUCUUUUCAAAGUAGCUAUGAAGUAUCUACUACUACGGAACUCACAGAGAUAACAUUGGAGUAACAACCUUCUUCUAGCCAGCUGGAACUCCCAGAGCCUGAAGUUGGGCUGAUCAGCUAACUUACUGGCAGCAUUUCACUCUGCUGGAGCUCAAGAGUAUCUGCAUCUCUAGCUCUGCUGACUACACACCUGAUAUCUUCAAGCAUGAGCUCUGACAGUGGCCUAUCACCACCCAUCGGAGGGCACAUCACUGCCUCCUCAGAGAGUUUAAAGGUCACCCCACCCACCAAGCACGCUGGCGACAAGACCAGACUCUCUAAUGGACACUCCGAGGCACAUAUCGGUUCAUCUGUCGACGAAUCGCCUCCUCUGAACAAUGAUUCUGUCUUAGAAGUGGAGUCUACUAGUAACGGAGUGGGAGACAGCUCUCCAAAUGAUUCACCCUUGUCUAAAGAGAAGACAUUAUCUCCAAAUGACUCACCCUUGUCUAAAGAGAAUACGUCCAGGCAGGCAUCCCACGAACGGGAAGACAGCUCUUCCAGUUUGGUAGCAAGUGGGGGAGAGACAGAGACACUAGAGCCGUCGUCAUCCUCUUCUUCCUCUUCUUCACGAUUACUGGGGGGAGAGUCGGAUGCGACACUGACCUCUAGCUAUAGUUUGAAUCAGGCAAGUGGGCUUUCACUCGAUACUAGUCGUAGUGACAACGAUGCUCGUGGUGACAACGAGCAGCCUUUAUCAUCUGAGGUGGCAGUCGCCCAUUCUCCUGACGGGCGUUUUCUCAAGUAUGACAUUGAGAUUGGGCGUGGUUCGUUUAAGACUGUAUACAAGGGACUGGACACAGAGACUGGAGUGGCCAUUGCCUGGUGUGAACUAAAGGAGAAACGAUACAGCAAGGCUGAGCAGGCUCGCUUCAAGGAGGAGGUGUCUAUUCUAAAGACUCUCCAACACCCAAACAUUCUCAAGCUGUACGAUUCGUGGGAGUCAGCUAACAACAAAACAGCAGAAAGGAAGGACAAACUCAAGGACAGAGUUCUUGUCCUCAUCACAGAGCUCAUGACCUCAGGGACACUUAAGAGUUAUAUGAGGCGACUCAAGUCCAUAAAGCCAAAAGUGAUUCGCAGCUGGGGACGUCAGAUCUUGAAGGGGCUUCAUUUCCUACACACUCGUAUGCCACCCAUCAUCCAUCGUGACCUCAAGUGUGAUAACAUAUUCAUCAACGGGACCACAGGUCUGGUCAAGAUUGGAGACCUGGGAUUGGCCACCCUCAAGCGGAAUGAUGUCAGCACAGUCAUUGGUACCCCGGAGUUCAUGGCCCCUGAGAUGUACGAAGAGAGCUACGAUGAAUCAGUGGAUGUGUACGCAUUCGGGAUGUGUCUACUGGAGAUGUGCACACAAGAGUAUCCAUACAUGGAGUGCUCCAAUCCUGCUCAGAUCUACAAGAAGGUGUCCCAGGGCAUCAAGCCUCACGCUAUAGACAAGGUCAAGGAUGCCUCUCUCAGGGACAUUAUUGAUAAAUGCACCACAGUGGACAAAGUGCAAAGAUUCGAUGUCCUUGAUCUCCUCAACCACGAGUACUUCAGUGAGAACAUCAAGAUUGAGAUGGUGCCAGGCUCUGAGCCUGUGGACAUACAUGUACAGUCAACUGAACCCACCUCCCUGCUAACAAUGAGAAUGGACGUACCUAAGCAGGACGCAAACAAGAAGAAUGGGCAAGAGUCAAUCGAGUUCCCAUAUGACCUCACUAAAGAUGUUCCCGAGGAUGUCGUUCGAGAAAUGGUGAAAUCUAGAGUCCUUGCUCUCAGUGUACAGCAGAUGGUGGUCCGCUCCUUGCGAGAGUAUGUGGAGGGAGUUAAACAAAAGCUCCAGGGACGGAGCAAAACUGAUAACACUAACGCUGAUGGUAAACUGGCCGAACCUAAACCUGACCUCUUCUCUCAGACACCCUCGCCCUCACCUGGAACAACUAAUGAGACCUCUCCCACUGAUUCCGAUGCAUCGCCUGCACCAGUGCAACGACAGGCAUCAGGUCAGGCAUCGGGUCAAAGCGAAAUGGUUAAACCAGAGGAGCAAGUUGUACCCAAAGAGUUGCUUCAGGGUCUCGAUAUAACAGGACAGGGGACAAUACCAACACUAGCAUACAAAGAAAGAUCAAUGUCCAUUAAUAUGAGCAAAGGAUCAGAAACGAAAACCGGUGACCUUCUCUCUCCUGUUAGCCAGCAUGCCUCUGAGCAGAAUCUCUCAACUGGACAGCAAAUCACUGCUAGCACUGGGCAGUCAGUCCCGCAAAUGAACUCUAUGAAGGUCCUCAGUGCCAGGUCUCAAUCCACUUCAACUGUGAUGGAAUCAAAAUCUUAUUCUCUAGCUGUAAAGGAAGGCUCGUCCACGGAGAGACACACUGGAGGACUGUCUAUUGAAGCGACCCAAGAAACUGGAUACCUAAGCGCUAAUAGUUUGCAAGAGCUGUCCAUUCCUGGCCCGCCUGACACAUCUAAUGAUGACAGUGGCGUAUCAAUGAGUAGUGGAGGAACAGGAACACUCAAGAAAAAAGGACAACGUCAGAAGGGGAAAGGAAUCAAACUGACACUAAUCGAACAUCUCAGUGAGACCAAGAAACUCGUUUGCCAACUAACAAGCAAUAGCAAGCUACUCAAAUAUCAGUUCAGCAUCAAGUACGAUAAACCGGAGGAGAUGUUUAAGAAGUUUGUCACUGGUGGCUAUUUGACAGAGCAAGAUAAGGACGAGUUUAUACUGCAGAGCAAUCAACUCAUACAAAGUGUCAAGAAAGGCAAAGACUUAAAAAUAGAAAUGACAGAAACAAAACUUGGAAUUCAAGAGCAAGGGAAAUCUAGAGCAUCCGCUGAACCACUCAUAUCUCCCCCAACCGAAACAGCUGAAUCAGUUUCAAAACUUUCAAUUGAACAGACGUCUCAAAGUGAACCACGAUCAUCAAAGAAUGGGAGCCCCAAACUGGAGCCUAGCAAGCAGUCACAAGGAUCACAAGUUCCUACUACAGAGGCUCAACAGAUUGCACCUACCAUGGACAGAAUGGUGACCCCUGAGCCAUUGAAGGAGAUCCCACACCCUCUGUCAGUCCCCAACAGCAGUACCAAUGGUGGAGCAUCAUCACAGAGAGGGCAGCAGCCCCAGGGAGGAGACAAUGUCUCGACCUUGGUGACCAUUCAGGAGAUGCCACGCCCACGCAGUCCUGGCUCAAAAUCGCAGCCGCAGCAACUCCUACCCAAUCCACUAAUUACAGGGGCUCAAAUGUACAACCUCUCCUCUUGCUCGCUACCAUCCCUCGUCACACAAUUCCCAGCGACUCUCCCUGUCUGCCACCCAUCCACACAAUUCUCAAUCAACAGCACAGUCCCUCCCACAGCCGUGCCAACCUCAAGAGUGUUUGAAGUUGAGACAGUCGCAGAGGACCACCCCGACUCUCCUGACAGUGACGAACUCUCUGCUCCUGGCUCUACGGAAAAUUUGGGAAGGGAAACACCAAGAAGCAUUUCACAAGACUCUAGUGGGCAAGCUGUGGUGGGCAAGAGAUUUAUUGUUCAAUCUGUACCAAGCCUGGAAAGCAAGUCUGAUAGCUACAUUGGGAAAGAGCCAUCUCCGUCUGAGCCCUCUACAAACACUAUGAAUCAAUACCCUCCCAAUCAAAUAUCAGCUAAUGUUCAACAGUCAAAUCUAAGUCCUGAAGAUACUAAGCCGGCUAAGAACAACUCUGCACCUACGUAUGUGCUGCCUUUAAGAGUGACAAGGCAUUCACAACGUCCUAGUCAAACGAGUAGCAUCCCUGAACACUAUUGCACCACACCUAUUCCUAACACCUGGCCAAGGGGUGGAAUCACUGAUGAAACCUACGUCCCUCCAGCAUACAGACGCUAUCCCAGCUCAAACACCCUCCCCUCUCACCCCAGUAGCGAUUCUGAGGGUUUGGAACAAGAAAUUCCAGCCUAUGCUGUCGAUCGCCCUCCUAUGAACAUUGACGAACUACCACAAGCCAGCCUUUUAUCUGAGGCAUUUAUGAGGUUCAUGCACUCAAUGAGUACCGUGUUUCGAGACCCCACUUUUCAGCCGCUGAUAUCCUCUCUCGAUCAAAGGUUUAAUCCAAGCUCAGCUACUUACAAUCGAGUUCAACAAGAUCCGGCUGAUGGAAGACACAGCUCUCAAUCUGUGCCCGCUCGCUCUCAACAAGAAGUCCUCAAUAGGAGAGUCAACUAUCAUGUGGCCGGAGAAGCAGAGUCGUUGUUGCACACGCGCUCUAAUGUGUCUCGAUCGGUUACUGAACCAGGAGGAGCGAUCCCUGACAGUUCUUGUGAUGUGGAGCUAAGGACAGCCCUGGAAGAGAUUGAGGAAGAGCAACGUAAACUGGAGAGGAGAAGGCAGCAAGUCAUCCAAAAUUUCCGGAGAAAACACAGCAGUGGCAACAGCAGUUUGGAGAGCUCCUCGGGUAUAGAUACUCGCAAGAUAUCCACCGCUUCGUACGAAUCCUACGCUAUACCGUCUCCCACACCAGUAAGACGGAUUCCUACCAAGAUGAAUGAGUAUGAAGAAGCUGGAGGCAGUGAUAGCUCAUCCUCCACUAUAGGGACAACUCACAAACCAAGCAACAACAGUAUGGCCCAGUUGGAGAAACGUGUGCGAGAUGAACUAAUGUCUGAUAAACUGGGCUUUGAUACAGCAUUACCAGCAAAUUUCGAUUCCUCUCCUUCAAGAUCGCGAACACCCCAAAACCAACCACUGACUAGAAUCGGCUCUAGUCUGGGGCAACCAGAUCGUGGUGGUUCAAUCUCACCUGUUCUCCAGACCUCCCCUCCUCCCUCGCAAACCGCAGAGCAAGCAACCUUUCAAAUGCACACAUCCCCAGGAGCCCCAAUUGUACAUAAGGCGAUUGCUAAAAUACCACACUCAGACUCUGGUGAAUGGACUGACUACACAUCUGCACCAGUUGUGCAGCAAGCAGGAUACAGCGACAAUGGACCAAAUUAUUCGUCUACUUCGACGAGAGGUCUCCCUUCUACUGCGAGGACUAGCAGCAGUCAAACUCUGUCUACUGUGAGCAGUUCAAAAGCAGAUGUCUCAGAAUUUGACCCUAUAACUUCUAGCACAAACACUGGACCAAAAUCAUAGCAUUGUGGAUGUCGUGUGUUUGGUGGUUAUUAGAUAAUAUGUGUCAACUCUAUUUUAUUUCAGAAUGGGCAGUUAUUGGUGUCAGUAGAUUCUUCUACUCUAGUAUUACGUGUUUGUGUACAUGAACGAAAUUAUCUCUUCCAAAAUUGUCACUUUAAUCCCUAUUAUUUAAUUCAUAAUGUGCUCGUUGCAUUCAUAGUCAUCAUCAGAUGCAUAUUUUACAUGUAUUUUGUCAUGUUUACUCUGAAUUUUAUUAAAACAUAAUUGUUUAAUUACAUG